UUGUUGAAAUGCGAAUAGUGUUUUUUAGCAUGUGUCAAAAAGCUGAGUACAAAAAGAGAAUUUGCUGCAGUUUAAAUUGAAAAGGAAUAUUGAAAAUGUCGUUUAAUCCUUUUCCCAUUGGCAUGCACUUGCAUGUGGUGACCUGCUUUGGAGAUCACUUUACAGGUGAAGUUGUCACCUACGAGCACAGCGUGAAAAUGCUGAUGCUGCGCUGCCGCAGCAAAGAUGGCGACGACGGAGUUGCACGCUACAAUCAGUGCUUAAUCAAUUUGGAUUUCUGCAAAGACUUGACCAUCCUACAGGAGGCAAAGAUAGAGGCGGAGCCACCAGCUCGACUCAAUUUACAGCGAUUGGAUCAUCGCCUGGAGGAGACAAUGGAGCAGCGUAAGCUAAUGUUGCAGACACGCAACGAAUAUGCCACACCACGUGGCAGGCAACUCUUCAGGCUGCUCUCUCAACAAUUUGGACCCAACGAGCUGGCCUGGAGGCAGAGCAAGAUUGUGGUGUUGCAACAGUUGACCAUCGUGCCACCAUAUCGAAUGUGCCACAUACUCGGGGCCAAGCGCAACUCGAAGCUGUUGCACUACGUGCAACGUCUCAUCGAGCAGCUGGAUAAGCAGGCAAACAGCAACUAGCGACUGCAUAAUGCUAUAUA